AGAUGGUGCCUCAGUAAGUUCGUUUUCUUCUGCUUAAUGCCAUUGUUUCAUAUUCUGUUUCCCUUGUACAUGUGCUAAAUUUUACUUAAUUUUAGUUACUGAUAUAAUAUUUCCUAUGUACUAUAUUAUAAAAAUAGCUUGACUGUCACAAAUUAAAACUGAUUGAAUUAAUAAAAAUCAAGUACUUGUAAAAUUUAGAUUCAACUCCUGCUAUCAGCAAUUCUUUUGAUGUGCCUACGUUAUCCCUUGACCUUGGAAUAAGGAAACUUCCCUCAUCCUAAACUUUUAUAUACGAAACAAAAUAGCCUAGUUGGCUCUUUUAAUUAGACUAAUUAAUCCCUAAUGUCCUGGUGAAGAUCUCAAUUUGGCAGAUUUUCUUUGGCUUUGUUCUUUAUAACAGCAGGAUGAUUGUGAAAAUUAUUUCUGCCUUUGCAGUUUGGGAACAGGCAUUAGGCCAGUGUUUAUACUUUAUAGUCUCUGUUAUAUGGGUGAAGCAACCCAGAGAUUACAAAAGAAUUUUAAUCUUGACAAUCACAUGUGAUAUAAGUAGGUUUGGGGUCUAACUUUUGAGCAUUUCUUGAUCAUGAACUUAGUCAAUCAUCCCUAAACUCUCAUAAAAUAAAAAAAAGGAAAAGAAAAAUCUUAACCAAAGUUGUCCAUUGGUGGGUUCCAUCCACUUGGAAUUAAACCAAGUAUAUACCAGGGGAGGUAGUAUUUGGCUCUAUCCCCAUUCCCCUUAGCAAAACAGAAGAUGAGGCACAGUUUUUGAGACUGACUGCUGGAAUACCUCUUUAAAUUUGGCCCAGAACUUUAUCCAAAUGUCACAGGGCCUCAGUUUAGCCCCGUGAACAUGUUCCAUAGGGUAUAUUUUACCUUUUAAUUGUUACUUUUUAAAGGAUUCUACCUGUAAUCACCAAUGUUUGCAGCCUUAUCUCUGCAAAGUUGACAACAGUCAAGAUUCAACUAAGUGAUAAUUUAAGGUUUGCCUUCAGUUUUUUUAGCAGAACAUGGCAUUCGGAUAUUACCACUCGAAUACAUGUAUAAAAAGACAAAGACAUGGGAAAAUGUAAGGUGCCUCAAAACUCUCGAGAAACCUCUACUUUAUUUAGCAGAACCUGUCUAAAGAUAGUAGCAAUACUGUGGAGGCAACCGGAACCAUAGCCUCAAGUUAAGCAAUAACACAUAAUAGGUUAAUAUAAGCUUUUUCUCAGUCUUUCCUCUCUUUGUCAAGGUAAAGGCUUUGUAGUUUAAGAUUUACGUAUUCUGUUAUUAAUGGCACUCAAAAUCUCCUUGUCCAUCUUCGCGCUUACUUUGCUUCUUGGCAUUGCUUCUGCUAGUGAUGGUAUGAUCAUGUUUAGCAGAUAAGUCAUUUGGAAAUGAUCUAUGUUUCCCCCUGACUCAGUUCCUGAUUUUUCUUUUUUGGUGUUCUUUUUUAUAGGGCGUAGUGCAAUUGGGUUCGGUUAUUCUCGCAAGAAUGGCCCUGACAAGUGGGGAAAUUUGGAUCCAACAUUCUCAGCAUGUUCAUCAGGGAAAAACCAGUCUCCUAUAAGCAUUCAGAAGAAUCUGACUGUCCACAACAAGUUAUUGAAACCUUUAACCAGGAAUUAUAUACCUGCAAAUUCUACCCUCGUUAACAAUGGCUUCAAUGUUGGGGUUGGUUGCUAUAACUUAAGAUUAAAUGCUAAUAAAUUUGCUGGUUUGAUGAAUUUCUUAUUGCAGGUACAUUUUGAGGAAAAUGCUGGAGAGGUAUCGAUUGAUGGCAAAAACUACUCGCUCAGGCAAAUGCACUGGCAUUUACCAUCUGAGCACCAAAUUGAUGGAGAACAGUACGCACUUUCGCUGAAUUCCCUUUCAUGGGCUCUUUCUCCCCACCCAACACCGAAAAACGAAGGGCCUAACUCAUGGACCAAUCUAAUCAGCUUCAACAACUGUUUUGCUGCUGAGCUUCAUUUGGUCCACCGGGCAGCAGAUAACAGCAUUGCAGUUGUAGCAAUACUCUACCAAGAAAAGGAUGCCGAUCCACUUAUCUCUAAGGUAAACUUCCUAUCAUCUAUAUCGCUUGUUUCUUAUUUUUCUGGAAAUAUCACAUAUUUUAUGACUAAUUUAAAACCCAAGCGUGAUUCGGAACUCAAACAAGAAAAAAUGGGAAAUAUGGAUGGAUUGAAUAAUUUGGCUAAGGAGAAAAGUAAAGCAGACAAAAUAGCUGAAGUUCCCCUUGGUACCUUGGAUACCGAGCAAUUGAUGCGAAGUUGCCGCAAGUACUACAGAUAUGUUGGUUCUCUUACCACUCCUCCAUGCUCGGAGAAUGUCAUAUGGAGCAUUCUCGGAAAGGUGAGAUCGAUUUCGAAAGAGCAGAUGGUCGCUCUGGAAACUCCCGUGAACUCAAAUUGCAAGAAAAACGCAAGGCCUUGUCAGCCAUUGAAUGGUCGAAAGAUUGAGCUGUAUGAUGAGCUUAUUGGCUAAAACUUUUGUCGUUAUCAGGGUGCAAACAGGGUGGGGGAAGAAGUAGUUGGUGUGGUUUAUGAAUAUUUUCCAUAUGCUUAGAUUUUACUAGUUAAAAACAUCAUAUGUUGUAUUUUACAGAGUGUUGAGUUAAGCCUGCAUAUCAGAAUUUUCUCCUUUAUACCGGUGGACGGUGGACAAAGAAAAACUUCGUAUCACCCCAAAAUCAGAUUUGAUUUGUUCAACAUUGAGUUUUACAAAAUGAAACUCUUACAGGUUUUGAAACUGUUUCAUGUGUGGAGGGCUUGAAUCAGCAGAAAUACACUCAAACUUGAAGCAUAUUUUUCACCCAAAAAAAAAAACAGAAGACAGAAAUGUAGACCAUUUGGCUGCUAUAAUUGAACACGAAAUGUGAUAAUAGGUGAGAUAGUCAGUUUCAAAGUUAAAAAUAAGUGAAAAAAAUAGACUAUAAGACACUAAAAUAGUCAAGAUUCUAAACCAUUCACCUAAUACCAUCCACAUUAGCAGUCAAGAAUGUCAAACUGUCAACAAUUUCCAAACAGGGAUUGCUUGACUGAGAACCACACCCCAACAAAUUCGUAUUAAAAGAAAUUGAAUUUCAAAGACUCGUGAUUGUGAAAACACUUGAAUAUUAAAACGGAUAAGGCAAUGAAGGAAUAUUUUGAGCACUCCCUCCUCCCUAUCUUCAAACUGAUUGGAGGAUGCAAUCUCUAACUUAGGCAGUUCACCCAAUUCCUUAAAUUUUAACACUCAUCACCGUCAACCCAAAGCAAAGCUUUUUGUAAUCUUUAUAGCUGUUUCGAUUACCCUUUGGUCGGGCAUUUAAUUGUUUAUUUUUACAUAUUCAAUUUUGAUAUUUGCAUUCAAAUACAUAUUCAUACAAAUAAUUUUAAUUUCAAUCACUACAUCAGUAAUUAAUAUCACCAAUAUCAUUAUUUUUAAUUUUAUCAAAAUUAUUCAUAAUGUUUAUCUGAAUAAACUCUUAAUAAAUAUUGUUUUCAUAAGUUUUCUAAAUUCAUGUUAAUAGUAAUAAAGUUUAAUUAAAAA